AUGUCUGGGGAAUUCACCAUCAAGGACCAGCCAAUGGACUGCGCCGAUGCUUUUGCUCUGCCUCCAGCGGCUAUGAGUCCGGGCAAGGGUGACUCGGCCAGUCGACGGUCCUCCCGUUCUGAUCCCAGCUUUGUGCCUGCGUCCCCUGUGUCGCCCGAGAUCGCCGCUCGAGGUCGAUCAACACAGCACGCUCGCUCGGGAACAGGCACCAAGCGACCAUUAGAGGACUUGGACCUUCCGCCUCCUCCAACCCGCACUCGGAAAAUCAUCCAGAUGAAGCCCAAGACACCGGCGGCAUCCAAAUCGCCGGCAAAGUCCAAGGAUGCCGGCAAGGCAGGGCCUCAGACAGUGUCUGAGCCCAGCCAUGCUGCUGGGAGUGGCGCUGCCAGCGCCAACGUCUCGAAGAAGAAGCAACCGAGUGCCACCAGUGCCGCUGGUCGAAAGAUUGCCCGUAAGACGGCACACAGUCUGAUCGAACGGCGCCGACGGUCCAAAAUGAAUGAGGAAUUUGGCACAUUGAAGGACAUGAUCCCCGCCUGUCGUGGCCAAGAGAUGCACAAGUUGGCUAUUCUUCAGGCCAGUAUCGACUAUGUCAACUAUUUGGAAAAGUGUAUUCAAGAUCUCAAGACCAACGGCAAUGUCGCCAUGACCUCCGCUCCUCCAUCCCCUACAUCUCCCGAGUUCAUUGCCGAGACCGGUACAGAAAGUACAUCGCACAAAGCACCACCACGUCCCCCCUCAUCGACCUAUUACUCAUCGGCCUCGUCUGUGGCUUCUCCUGAAAUCUUGCCACCCACCACACAUCUACGACACCUCCCCAUCCUUCUCGCCCCGCACCAGGAUACCUUCCAUCCAGACGAUUCCCGACGCUCCAUCUGUGCUGCCGAGCCCUGCUUUGGGUCCCAGCUAUGCGCCCAUGGACAAAAUUCAUGA